AUGCGAGGAGCCAAGAAGCGCCAGGCGCUGCCCGCCAUCGUCCUCCUACUGCUGGCCUCGGCCCCGCCGCCGCCGGGCGCCGAGGGCAGGGACGUGCCCGCCGCCGGAGCCGAGCGGGGGGCGCUCCUCGACAUCCUCCUCCAAGCCCUGGGCGACGACGGCCGCCCGCUGCCGCCCCGCCCGCCGCGGAGGGACCGGGUGAUCUCCCGGCGGUACAGCGGAGCCGGUGCCCCUCCGACAGACCCCCGCGCCGCCGCCGCCGCCGCCCCGCCGCCCCCUCGGCUCUUCGCCGCCGCCCGGCACGGAGAAAUAUUUCCAAGAGAUUCUAGUCUAAAAGACAAGUUCAUAAAACAUUUUACAGGGCCAGUCACAUUUUCCUCAGAGUGUAGCAAGCACUUUCAUCGACUGUAUCACAACACAAGGGACUGCUCAACGCCAACCUAUUACAAAAGGUGUGCAAGAUUGCUAACGAGAUUAGCAAUGAGCCCUUUGUGUACACAGUCCUAGGAUGUUUGCUAUACUUUCUACCAAGGAGAGAAUUCUGAUUUGCCAAGAAAGUGCCUUGAAAUCUUCAAAAAUGGAGAAGACAUCUUUUAUCUUUUUGAUUUACAAUGUUUUGUUACUAGAUGCAUUUUAUUUUCAUAUAUUUGUCCGACAUUCCAUAUUUGUGUGAAACAUUAUUUUAUUUUGUAAAUUUGUUGCCUAUAGUUCAGACAAGCCAAUUAUUUAAAUACAUUGUAUAUGAAGAAUACUAAUGAUAUACUGAUUAAAUGUUAUAACCGUAUGCAGGGAGUUGGUAAAACUUUGCUGUUUCUCUUGUUCUGUUGUAUUUACAUCAUUCUGCUCAGGCUCUUACUCUCAUUAUUUGCACUAACUUGAAAUGCAGAAGUCUGUGUAACUGAAAUCUGAAUAAGCUGUAAGUGGGGAAGUUUUACUUGCCAUGGAAGAUAUUUUAUAUUAUGAUGGUUUGUUAAUAUAUACAUAUAUAUUAUUGUGCAUCAGAAAAAAUUUGCUCAGAAAUGCACCUUGCUUUCAGGAACAUUUGUAUGACUAUUCUGGAUUUUCAUCAGUUACAUUUGUACCGGCACUUAUGGAAAGAGUUGCAAAUAAUGUAAAUAUUAAGACUGGAAAACUGCAAUGCAGUUUUGGUGGAAUAAAGAAC